ACAUGGAUUCAUGUGUGGAAUCAACCGGCGACACUUCCACUUCAAGAAAUGUGAUAUCAGUUAUAUGACCACAAAUGAUAAAACGUAAUAGAAUAUGUUAUUUAAAUGUUUUUGAUACUGAUUUACUGAAAGCAGUACAAUUUAAGCUAUUGUCUAGGGGGUUCGUAUUUAGCAGAAAUGGACUACCAAACUCUUAGCACAAAUGGACUACCAAACUCAGAAACUUUAGAAAAAAGAAUGCAUUGAAGUUAUAAUACUGCACUAAAAUGGCAGAAGGGAGACAAAAGAGUGAAACCAAGACGGACGACGGGCGUGAUAGUAACAGGGAGGAGGAGACGUCAAAGGACACAAGCCCCAAGACCCCAGUCAAAGAGAGAGGCCACAUGUUGUAUUCCUUCCUUACUGGACAGUACAUGCCCAUUCCUGAGAAAGAUUGGCUUGGAAGAUGCAGAAAAGUUACAGAGUUUGAGAAGUUGAACAGAGUGGGAGAGGGAACCUAUGGAAUUGUCUAUAGAGCACGUGAUAUGAAAACAAAUGAAAUUGUAGCCCUGAAAAUGAUGAGGAUGGAAAGAGAAAAAGAUGGUAUACCAAUUAGUGGACUCCGAGAGAUCAAUAUUCUACUAAAUUUACAUCAUGAAAACAUUGUUACAUCAACAGAAGUUGUGGUGGGGAAAAGCUUGGACAG